ACUGUGAAAGAACUGGAAAGGCAAGAGAAGCUCGUGGCCCUUAGAAACUUGGCCACCCUCUUUCACACGCACUUUUUUUUUUUUUGCCAUCUUCUCUCUUUUUCUCUUCUCUUAACAGUUAAUUUCCCAAGCUUUUGCAGCUCUGUCCUCCAAGUAGCUGGGGCUCCCUACUCUCCAUUGAGACAAAGAUCAACAAAAAUGGUGAAGGAAACUGAGUAUUAUGAUGUUCUUGGUGUUAGUCCAUCAGCUUCCGAGGAGGAGAUUCGGAAAGCUUAUUAUCUUAAGGCAAGGCAAGUUCAUCCAGACAAAAAUCCAAAUGAUCCUCACGCUGCUGAGAGAUUUCAGGUAUUAGGUGAAGCUUAUCAGGUUCUGAGUGAUCCCGUCCAAAGAGACACAUAUGAUCGAAAUGGGAAAUACAGCAUAUCUAGGGAAACCAUGCUUGACCCAACAGCGGUCUUUGCUCUUCUCUUUGGAAGUGAAUUAUUUGAGGACUACAUAGGACAUCUUGCUGUUGCAUCAAUGGCUUCUUCGGAACUAGCCAGUGAAACAGACAAUUCUGAAAAACUGCAUGAUAAGUUGACGGCUGUCCAGAAAGAGAGAGAAGAAAAGCUAGCAAGAUCACUGAAAGAUUUUCUUAACCAAUAUGUCCGAGGUGACAAAGAUGGAUUCUUACAGCGUGCAGAAUCUGAAGCCAGACGGCUGUCUGACACUGCUAUUGGAGUUGAUAUCUUACACACUAUUGGCUACAUAUACUCAAGACAAGCUGCCCAAGAGCUUGGAAAGAAAGCAAUUUAUCUAGGUGUGCCUUUCUUGGCCGAGUGGGUUCGCCACAAGGGACAUUUCUGGAAGUCACAGAUUACUGCGGCAAAAGGUGCUUUUCAGCUACUGCAACUUCAAGAAGAUAUGCGCCAGCAAUUUAAAAAGGAUGGUAGUGGACCUGAAAAUGAUGUCGAAUCACACGUACGGUUAAACAAAGAAACUUUGGUGAGCUCAUUAUGGAAAUUGAAUGUGGUGGAUAUUGAAGUAACCCUCGUUCAUGUGUGCCAAAUGGUGUUGCGGGAAAAUAAUGUCAAGAAGGAGGAACUCAAAGCUAGAGCUCUGGCUCUGAAAGUUCUUGGGAAGAUAUUCCAGGAACAACGAGCUCAAAAUGGUGGAACAUCAAGGAGGAAAAAUGUGGCUGAAAUAGAUGCUUAUGAUGAUGAUGAUGAUGGAAGCAGUUCCGACAGCAGCAGUGAAGAGGAGUCGCCCAGAGCGCUUUCAUACCGAACUCCUUUUCUCACCCAGGGUAUUGGGAGACUCUUCAGAUGCCUCUGUAACCCAGCAUUUGAUGUGGAUGAUGAUGAAAUUGUAUUCAAAAGCAAAUGAUUGGACGAAUGUAAAUUUGCAGACACUUUGUUGCAAUACUAUAACCCUUGCUGAUGCCUCUCAACUUUGUUCUUCAUUUCCCCCGGAAAUUUAUCCUCAAAAAAACAAAAAAAGAAGACGACGAAGAAGAAACUAAGAAAAAGAAUACACUCUGGCUCUGCCAGCACCUUUCAAUAGUUUGGGAUUUCUUUUUUAUAGACUACAAAAGGUAUGUAUGUAUGCUUGUGUUGUUAUGCAUGUCAGAGGCUUUGGACUCAAAGAGAUGAUGGGGAAAAAGAAUUGUAGGGCCCUCGGGUUUUGUCCUCCCUUGAAUAUUCGAUAAGGCUAGGCUAAUGGUAGGAGGAAUCAAGAUCUAACAUUCACCCAAAAAUAAAAAGCAUACCUUACC